UGGGCGGAGCUGGCCGGGAUGAACGGCGGAGGGUCGGAGACCCCCUUGGUUUGUGAGGCCGCCCCGGGCGGCGGCGGCGGCGGCGGCAAGAAGAAGGACUCGGGGACCGCGGGCUCGCCAGCCCACCUCAUUAUCAAGGAUCUUGGAGAAAUUCAUUCAAGGCUGUUAGAUCACAGACCAGUUAUCCAAGGUGAAACCCGUUAUUUUGUGAAAGAAUUUGAAGAAAAACGUGGUCUUCGAGAAAUGCGAGUUCUUGAAAAUUUGAAGAAUAUGAUCCAUGAAACAAAUGAACAUACUCUUCCCACGUGUAGGGAAACAAUGCAAGACAACUUAAACCAAGUUCUCCAGAGAUUGCAAGCAGCUACCGACUUGGUCUGUAGACUCCAACAGAGGGAACAGGAGCGAAAAAAGAUGCAUAAUGACCAUUUAAUAGCUAGUGAGAAACAGCAUAUGCUGCAGCGGGAGGGUUUCAUGAAGGAGCAACAGAGCAAACGGGCCGAGGUGGACAAAGAGCACAGACAAGCCAUGGAGAGGCUUGAAGCGCGGUACGCCGGGCUGGCGAGGGCCCUGGCAAGACGUCCGGCCUUCGGAGAGCUUGAACCGACGGUGACAAAGCGAUGA